AUGGAAUAUGUGAAGUGGUCAGUAUGUAAUGCAUGGGAAGAUUAUUUGGAAGGUGAUUGUCAGCUUCGAGUUGCUCAAAUGGAUCGUUUACGAGAGCACAAAUAUGCAUCAGUUGAUAUAUCAUGGCUUGAUGAGUAUUGCAUGAAACGGUUUUGGGAAUAUGUGGUUCAAUUUUAUCCUAUGUGGGUUGCUCCAAAUGUAAUCACUAUGUCAGGAUUUUUUAUAAAUCUUGUAACUGUACUCAUCUUGGCUUGUUUCUCAUACGACGCCAAAAUUGCUGCAUCAUCUUGGGCGUAUUUCCAAGCAGCACUUGGCGUUUUUUUAUAUCAAACAUUGGAUGCUACCGAUGGGAAGCAGGCUCGUCGUACAAACUCUAGUUCGCCUCUAGGUGAACUAUUUGAUCAUGGUUGUGAUGCCAUGUCACAAGUGCUUGUGACGCUGAACAUUUGUUAUGCGAUGCUAUUGGGGCAAGAACGCUAUGUGGUGCUCUUUGUGACUGUUUCAUCUGUUGUACUUUUUUAUUGUGCACAUUGGAGUACGUAUUGUACAGGACGUUUAAAAUUUGCAAAAUUUGACGUUACUGAGGCACAAAUGGCUAUUUUAGUCAUUUUACUGGUGACAUCUAUAUUUGGCACAAGUUUUUGGACAAAACAGUUCCUACAUAUCAGUUUAAAGUAUGUGGCCAUUUUCAUCUCUUCCUUAAUGUGCAUAUCGCAGAUUAGUGAUUAUCUCGUAGACGUCGUUACUGGAGGUGUAGGAAAGAAUGGAUCAACAGUUGCAGACACGUCUGUUUUAUCACCGCUGAUACCAUUACUAAUGAUGAUAACACCAUUUUGCAUGAUAUACAGUAAAUCAGUAACAGCAGUCUACGAUGACCAUAUUACUUUGUUCGCUUUAUGUCUUGGUGCAGUAUCAACAAAAGCUACUUUGAGAUUAAUAUUGGCCCACAUGAGUCGUAGUGAAUUAGCAAUGUGGGAUUGGAUCUAUCUUUCACCUUUGAUGAUGAUGCUUAAUCAGUAUUACGAUCUGCCAUUAAACGAGUUUUAUCUUCUUAUUUGCGCCACAGCAAUUACACAUGACACGCAGUAA